ACAGUAAAGAAAAAUAGAAGGAAUAAAAAUAAACAAGGAGUAUAGACUAUUUCACAAUGUAAACUUUUUGGAGAGUCGAAAGAGGUCGCACGCUUUUUCACUGUUUGCGGCGGGAAAUAGUUUUUAAACGUUACCAAAAAGUUUGUUUAUGUUUAUUGAAAAGAACUAUACUUUUAAUUGAACAUCAAAAUGUAUCGGAUAUUUGUGUUUGCCAUCUUAUUAAGAAGCAGUGCGGCUGUGAUUUAUUCGAUGAACGAGACUGAAUACAACAAAAUGCCGCCUUUAUAUGGCUUAGACGACUAUUCAUCCUGCUUGCUGGAAGCCGGUGGAACGUACUGCGUAGCUGAUUUCGGAUUAGUCGGAAAGAACUCUUUGAUGCAUAUGAUAAAGGAAUACUCGGAAUAUCGCUUGAAACACUUCAAUCAUACUCAAAUACAUCGUGGAAUAUGCGUUAGUAACACCUGCAAACGAUUCAAAAAAGAUCCAAGUUCAAAUACCGAAAGGAGUCUAAGUAAGACCCUUGAAGUAUGCUUGAAUGAUACCAUCUACAGAAACUAUGAGUUGGAAGUAAAGUUGGAAAAUAUUCGGUAUUGCAAGAAAGCAGAGGAUAAAAAAACAAUAGAUAAUUAUGAUUUAGCAGUAGCAAUAGUUUAUUUAAUAAUAAUAGGGUUAAAUGCACUGGGAACUAUAUAUGAUAAAUGUAGAAAAGAUAAGAAAUCAGGUAACAAAUACUUAUUAGCUUUUUCAAUAUCACAGAAUUGGGGGAAAUUAGUUGCACCUAGCGGUAGAAAUUCAGAUCCCAGAAUAAAUAGAUUGAAACUGUUUCAUAGUAUGAGAGCCAUGACAAUAAUCUGCGUCAUAUUUUCUCAUACCGUACUUGUUGUAGCAUAUGCGUACGUUGAUAACCCGUUAUUUAUCGAGAAGGCAUACGAAGAUCCACUGAAGCAGAUCCUUUUUAACGGCAGUCUCGUGGUGCAUACGUUCUUCGUGAUGUCAAGCUUCCUGAUGGCAUAUAAUCUCGAACUUACUCAAGAAAAGAAAAACAUUACGUUAGCGAGUUGGCCGCUAGGAAUACUCAUGAGAUGGUUGAGGUUGUCGCCAGCGUAUGCUCUAGUGUUGGCGACUAUAUGCACUUGGAUGCGACAUAUUGGAUCUGGUCCUUUAUGGGACUUAACGGUCAUUACUGAAGCGAACGCCUGUCGUCAGUACUGGUGGGCGCAUCUACUUUACAUCAACAAUUAUGUAUACAACGAUGCAUAUUGUGCACCGCAGACCUGGUAUUUGGCGGCUGAUACACAGCUGUUUUGCUUCGGUCUACUCAUGUGCUUAUUGUUCCGAAAAACGAAAUCGAGAUUAAUAGCGAUGGGCUUUAUAUUGACGAUAGGUCUGCUGAUAGUAGCAAUGCACACUUACUUCCAAGACUUGGAAGCAGUCGUUCUACAGAGUCCUGAAACCUACCGCACCUUGUAUGCAAGUGACAACACGUUCCGAUUACUCUACAUCAGAGGGCACACGAAUUUAUCCACAUACAGUCUAGGGCUUACCGGUGGAUUCCUCACAUACUACUUGCAAAACCAAAAGAAGCAAUUCAAUAAACAUAAGAUAUUCCGCUGGAUUAUGUGGCUACUUGUCCCCUUGGGUGUAUCAGUUAUCCUCACCGGAGGAUUCUUCUACAUGGAUGGUUCGAAGCCUUCUACCACACUGAAAGUGCUCUAUGCCGUACUCUACAAGCCCAUCUUCCAAAUCCUUGUCAUUACUCUUAUAAUGGGAGUUAUCUUCAAAAUUGAAACGGUUAUAAGGGGAAUCUUAGAAUGGCGAGGAUUCACUUGGAUGGGGCGUGUAUCGUAUGGAGCUUUCCUGGUGCAUACAAUGUUCCAGCGCGGAUUGGUGGGCAGUUUACCACGACCGAUUUACCUCACAGAGUACUAUGUGGUCAUAUUUCUUUCUGCGACGAUUUUCUUGUCGUUUGCGUCCGCAUCUCUAUUGUUCGUGUUGGUAGAAGCGCCUAUAGGAGGUAUUGUUCAUGCAGUCACCGCGGGUAGCAAGAAGGAGGAUAAAGAGGAUGGUGAUAAGUAG